AUGUCGACGCCCACGAAGAAUAUACUCGAGCUUGCGGGACUCACAGUAGAAACAGAUGACUUAGCCCGAACAGAAUCCGGGAAAUCAGAAGAACAACUGCAAAACAUGUCAAAAGUGGACCAGUUGGCGACUAAGAGAAAGAGAAAUACAAUAAUUUCAUCAACCGGAAAGAAUUACGCUAGGACAAUGCCUAACGAGAUCUGGUUUCGAACACUCAGCUAUCUGAAGACCAAGGAUCUCAAGAAUUUCAGGUUGAGCUCCAAGCAAUCUGCAAUGCUUGGUUCUGAGCACUUUAUCCAAACUUUCGCAUUUCACGCCAACAGACUAGAUCUUGAAAGGUUGGAAAUGAUCUCUCGAGAACAUCCGAAAACAUUAAAAUAUGUGCAGGAAAUCAGAUUCGAGAAGGGGUUUGUGCCUAUAAGAGGCAUGUAUCGUGUUCUACACAGGGAAUACAGAGAAUCCUUUAAGUGGGAUGCUGAAGGCAGAGAGGUGGAACAAAAUACUGGAACAGAGCCCAUCAAUAUCAGAGAAAUUCUAUCCGAAUACCUUAUAUGGUAUAAAUCAUGGAACAAGGCGGCUCAAAACUACAGUGACCUUACAAAGAUGACCAAGGCAUUUGGGAGUUUAAAGAAUGCCACUUGUAUUCGCUUCUCGACCAGCAUUCCUAAUUUCAAGUCGGAAGCUUUGACCCGUGCAUGGGCGAAAGUCACCCAUCCUAAAGCUUACAGAGGCAUCUGGAAGACAAGAGAAUUGGAGACUGUUAUGCUAGCUGCACACAAUUCCAAGGUAAAAGUCCGUCAUUUUGUUCAUGAUUCAGCCCCUACUGCAUUUUUCACACAACAUCUAAAACAGCUUGAAAAUACUCUGAAGCCCUUCCGUGAUCUUGAGAGUCUAGAGCUGUUAUGUGACGGGAUGCAACGACCAGUACGCGGAUUUGAAAGGAGCAACAGAUUUUGGACUGGACUGUGGAAGGCGGCGCAACUAGCGCCAAAUUUGGAGACUUUACGUUUGGGAUUGCUUACCGGCGGGUACUGCGAUUUCUAUAUUUACGAAUAUGUGCCUCUCAGAAAGGUCUUGGGCAACUUUACCUGGCCUUCGUUGACUCGCUUACGAAUCGAUAACAUGACCUUAUGCGAGAAAGAUCUGACCAAUUUUCUCCUCAGGCACGCCUCUUCUCUGCGACACCUAACAUUGAGUCAUAUUUAUUUAUGUCGAGGGUCAUUUCAGAGUUUAUUCAAGGUUUUGAGAGAAGUCUUCAAGCUUGAGAGUUUUCAUGUCGAUGGUCCAAUACAUUCUCCCGUCGGUCUAGAAUUAUGGUAUUUCUUUUCGAAGAACAAAGAAGUCAUAGAUUCCUCCGAACUUACAGAAGCGGAGAACCUUCGCGAAAGACUACUUACUGAAGCUAAGCUUCAAUUUUAUAAGGACAACAAGGACAAAGCCCCGGGGUAUUUUUGGCUACAAAUGCAGAAAGACGGUCUCACUGAUGAACUAUCUGCCCGAAUCUCGGCGUUCGUUCUCAAUAAAGGCGAUUGGCCCAGUGAACUUAUAAGUAAAUUGGCGAAAUUAAUUGUCUAUGAUGGUAGGGUGGGAGAAUACGAUGGCCUGACUGAUGAGCAAAUGGGCGCCACUUGGGAUGCUGAGCUAGCUGGAGAACUGCUAGAUACCCGCACAUCCCACUGGGCGAAGUUCGCAGGUGAACUACCCGAGCGUGCACACUGGCUAAUGCUUGAUUGGGCAUGGAAGAAUGAACCGAGCUACCCAAGUAGUAAGUGGGCUUUGUGGGAUGAAUUGGUAGAGGAGACUGGGGUUCGCGCAUUGCACGAUGCUUCAUUGGCACGAAUAAAAGCAGAGGAGGAAGUUAGACUUGGAUGUUUGUCUGUGUAA